AUGGCCCUGUUACCAGUGGCGAUUGUCAUCUCCCUGGCGCUGUUUGCAUUAUAUCUGAAAAGUAAACAGCAGAGGAUAGCGAAGCUACCCGCAGGCGCCAAGCAGCUACCGGGUCCCAAAGGGCUGCCUUUGAUAGGAAGGGUACACGAUGUUCCUCCAGAGAAGACAUGGUUGAAGUUCUACGAAUGGAGCAAAGUAUAUGGCCCAAUAUAUCAGCAUGAGAUGUUUGGAUCCGUCCAUAUCUGGAUCUCAUCAGAGGAAAUCGCACACGAGUUGUUGUCACGACGAGCUGCUGUUUACUCGGAUCGUCCACUGAUUCCGAACCUCCCUACAAAUCGUACUGGAGGGGAGUACCUGGCCCUACAUGGGCGAAAUGAUACCUGGAAGCGCCAGCGAAGGCUUGCCCAGCAGCUAAUGGCUACUUCGGCGAACGCCUCACUUCAUAACUAUCCUACCAAGGAGCGUGACCGCUUCCUAUAUCUUCUAUCCCAGGACCCGUCGCAGUACCGUGAGUAUGUCGAGCAGUUUACCGCUCGCACCGUCUCUCGGCUGUCCUGGGGCAGCACGCACCCUUCUGGUAUCUUGCGCAAGACCACUUUCGGCCUCCUCGAGACCAUUUCUCCGUCUGGGGCGUUGCCCAACGUCAUCUCGUGGCUCAUGCACGUGCCGUAUUUCAUGUCGCCCUGGAAGCAAAAGGAGUAUGCUCGCCACGAGGAAGAGGCCAGGCUUUUCAAGAGCAACAUGAAAUACGUCCAUGACCGCAUCAACGACGGCACGGCAGAACCCAGCUUCGUGCGAACAUUUCUCAACACACUCACCAAACAGACUGAUGGUGCGAAAUGGGGCAAAGAAUCCGAGGCCAUGUACGUGGUUGGCCAGAUGGCAAUUGCCGGUGCUCUGACCAUCGGGUCUCCCAUACAAAGCUUCCUCCUGGCUAUGCUACACUACCCUGAGUGGCAAAAGAAGUUGCAGGCCGAGAUCGACGAUGUCUGCGGCGAUUGCCCGAAUUGGGAAGAUCGCGAGAAGAUGCCUCUGCUGCGAGCCGUCGUGAAGGAGGUGAUUCGCUGGAGACCACCCGUCCCAACUGGCAUCCCGCAUGCCACUGAGAAGGACGAUGUUUGGAACGGAUACUUCAUUCCUGCCGGCGCCACAAUUCACGCUCUUGAAUGGGGUAUAACUCGCAAUGAGGAAUUGUACCCUGAUGCAGAGACCUUUAAUCCGGCACGUUGGCUCGAGCCGUCGUAUCCGACCUACAAGGAGCCUCUGACACAGCACCCCAACCUACAUGGCUUCAGCCAGUUUGGCUUCGGGCGCCGCACGUGCCAGGGUGUCCCCAUUGUUGAGCAGGACUUGUUCCUAGCCAUGGGCGGUAUUGCGUGGGCCUUCAAUGUCACCAAGAAGCGGCGCGCCGACGGGACCGAGGUUCCUGUCCACUGGAACGAGUACUCGCCCUUGCUAAUCGCCAAGCCGGCACCAUUCGAGUUCGAUGCCGCACCACGGAACCAGGCCAUUGCGGCCAGAGUCCAAGCCAUGUGGGAGAGUGGCAGGGGGGAGGAUGAUGUUGAAGAGGAGAGGCAGCGUGCUCUGGAGAAGAAAAUGGAGGCAGAUCGCGUUCGGGAGAGGCAUGAGCGAGCAAAUAAGGAGAGAGACGAGGACGUGGCAAGCGUCGGAGGGAGUGAUACCAGUGGCCCAAGUGAGCGCGGCAGCGAGGGGAGCAUUGCUACCAGCUUUGAGAAGUCUGAUGGAUUUGACAUUUGGGCGUGA